AUGUUACAGAUAGUCAGUCUAGUGUUCACGACAGUGUACGCGGCAGAGGUAGGAGUCCCCGAGAGGUUCCUCAGACCUCGACACUACAACCCGCACCCUCUACAGACCCUGCUGUCUGGUGCUGCGCCCUUGCGGCUGUCACAGGUACUACUGGAUCAACCCCCGUACCAGCUGUACCCUCGGACCUCCGCCAGACAAGAUGACAGCAGUCCUGUACAGUUCCCAGAGGUUCCUGCAACAGUCAAGCCUCCAAAGAAAACCUCCUCGGUGUAUGGUCUGGUGCCGAAGAACUACGCAUUCGCGUACGCGGUGAAGGACCGCCAGUCCGGAGACGACUUCUCACACAAGCAGGCGCACAACGGGCAGUCGACCAAGGGCGAGUACAGGGUUAAGCUUCCCGACGGUCGUACACAGAUAGUGAGUUAUACUGCGGACAAUUCAGGGUACAAAGCCGACGUGAGGUACGAUGAGGCUGCCAAACCCGUGUCCAACCCUCAGGUGUACUACACAGGGCGACCAGCAGACAGUGUAUACUACACUCCUAGGUACAGCGGUGUGUCCAACAGCAUCCUACAGGAGCCUGACUACUCUGACGAACCAGAGGUGAUCUACAAACAUCCAGUCCACGUUGUCGCUAAGUCCCACAGUGUUGCUGCCCAGUACGCCAAACCCUCUGCUACCCCUCGCCCACUAGAAGUACUCUUCAGUCCCACCCCUAGGCCAUACAAGAGUCUACAACCUCUGCAGCUCAGGGCUCUUCCCCAGACUGCCGAGGAGUACACUAGCUCAGACUCCCCUAACUACUACCCCUAUGUAUCGUCCACCCCGUCACCUCCUGUGUCCGGGUACUACGCCUCUGCUGUGUCGUCCACCGCUACCCCUAUAGAGGAGGAGCAAGACGACAUACCCCGGCCUGCUACCAAACCCGCCCCUAUCUCUAACUUCUACGCUACAUCAACGACGCCGGCCCCCCACGGGGUGAGGUACAUCCUCGUCCCUUCCCACUACUAUGAUGAAUCAUAAGUGGAAGUGUUAUUUGCUCAUUAUGUGCCUUGGACCUUUGGACAGUUAUACCCAAGUCCUAUGUGUAUACUUGGCGUGUGUUCUGUGUGUACCUAUAUUAUGACUACUUAAUCGUUUAACCAUAUAGAUAAAGUUAUAGACAGUUUGAUUUGAGAGUGCAAUGUGAAAUGUUAUAAAUGAGUACUAACGUAAGUACGUUAGCCUUGGACUAAUUACAGUACUAAAUUCCGUUUAAAAAAUGUUGGAUGUUUUAGGGGAAGAUUUCCUAGGUUCCCUAACUUUUUUUGCUUAAUGUAUUAAUCAGCUGAUCAGCUGUCGGCUUGUUGUCGAAGUUAGGAUGAUGUGGGGGGAAUCACUUCCCUCAAACAGCCAAACGAUUGUGAACGGAGAGUUGUCAUUUUC